GGUGGCUCCUCAGAGCAAGGGUGGCAGUCGGGCUGAGGGAACCUGCUCUGCCCAGCUGCCGCUGCCCAGACCCCUGGAUCCCUCCCCAUGGCAGGGGAAACCUUCCCCUUCACCUCCUCCACCCUGCGCUCUCUCCGCCUGCAGCGGGAGUGGCUGGAAUGGGAGGACCGGCGGCGGCGGGCUGCAGCCCAGCAGUGCCAGAGCCAAAGGUGCCCCCCAAGUUCCCGGGCCCAACUCACUAGGCCGCGCCGCUCCUGCCGGGACCCAGCUGUGCACAAUGCCCUGUUCUCCGGUGACCUGCAACAGAUCCAAGCCCUGUUCCAAGAUGAAGACGCUGCCAACAUGAUUGUGGAGACUGUGAGCAACCAGCUGGCCUGGUCAGCUGAACAGGGGUUCUGGGUGCUGACCCCCAAAGCCAAGCAUACGGCACCCCUCACCAUCGCUGCUGCCCGAGGCUACACCGACUGCGCCCGCUACCUGAUCCAGCAGGGAGCUGAGCUGGACGCCCGGGUCGGGGGCCGGGCCGCCUUGCACGAGGCCUGUGCCCGGGCCCAGUCCGACUGUGUGCGGUUGCUGCUGACCUUCGGCGCCAAGGUCAAUGUGUUGUCUGAGGAAGGCACGACCCCUUUGCACCUCUGCACAAUCCCUGAGUCCUUACAGUGCGCCAAGCAGCUGCUGGAGGCGGGAGCAACCGUGAACUUGGCGGUGCAGGACAGCGAGGUGACGCCCCUGCACGUGGCGGCGGCACGAGGCCUGGAGCAGCACGUGGCUCUCUACCUGGAGCACGGCGCCGACGUGAACCUGCGCACCAGCCAGGGCGAGACGGCCCUGAACGCGGCGUGCGCGGGCGCCGAGGGCCCGGGCAGCCGGCGGCGGCACCAGGCCGCCGCGCGCCGGCUCCUGGAAGCCGGGGCAGAUGCCCGGGCGGCAGGGCGCAAGCGCCACACGCCGCUGCACAACGCCUGUGCCAACGGCUGCGGGGGCCUGGCCGAGCUGCUGCUGCACCACGGGGCCUGCGCUGCAGUUCCCAACGGGGCGGGCCACACGCCCAUGGACUGCGCGCUGCAGGCCGUCCAGGACGCCCCCAACUGGGAGCCCGAGAUCCUCUUUGCUGCGCUGCUGGACUACGGGGCCCAGCCUGUGCGCCCUGAGAUGCUGAGACACUGUGCCAACUUCCCUCGAGCCCUGGAAGUCCUGCUUAAUGCCUACCCUUGUGUCCCAUCCUGUGAUACCUGGGUUGAGACAGUGCUUCCAGAGCUGUGGCAGGAGCACGAAGCCUUCUACAGCUCGGCCCUGUCCAUGGUGAAUCAGCCGAGGCGGCUGCAGCACCUGGCCCGGCUGGCCAUACGUGCUCAGCUGGGUAGCCGCUGCCGACAGGCUGCCGCCCGCCUCCCCCUGCCCCCGCUCCUCAGGGACUACCUGCUGCUGCGUGUGGCGGGGUGUAUCCAGUGAGCCCCGUGCCCAGCUGCUCCCAGAGCUUGGCCUGCCCCCUCCAUCAGCUGUCCCCCCCAACCCUGGAGGACCAGUCCCUGGCUUCUUAUCCACACUCUGCAUGUCCUCUGGGGCCAGCUCAUCCCUCUACUGGCUUCCUGAACCACCUGCUGACCUCCAGCUCGACCUGAACUUCAGCUCCUCUCUCCCAUGGGAAGGUCUGCAGACUCAGCCUUUGCCCGCAUCCUCCUCCCUUGCCUAAGCGGAUGAUGGCCCCUCCAUCCAAGCAGGCCCCAAGCCAGGAGGAAGUGAUCCUUGUUGUCCCCUCUCCCCUGCCACCCAUGUACCUGUUCAGACUCCCAAAGAGCGACAGACUCUGCCUCUAGCUGUAUUGCCAAUGCCUGUGCUGCUUUUGUCACUUCAAGGGAGGACUUCACCGACUGGUCUUGAAACCCAUGCCCUGCAAGGAUGUUGGAACGAUCUUUGGGAAUCAGAACUCUGAUCAUGCCCUUCAGUGGCUCCACACCACCUUCAGGCUAAAAUAAAAA